GCACUAAAGACUUUUUAAAAAUGUUUUUUCAUUUCAUUUUUUUUUUUUUAUUAUGUCAAUUUUGCAUUUUAAAAAGUCCAGUUUUUCACGCUUCCAGAUAUAAGAGCGCAUGGGUCUGGUUUGUCCCGCGGUCCCUGUUCUGUUCUGCAGUGUAGUUUCAGUGCCGCCUGGACCACAGCUUUGGAAUGAGGGCGCUCCUCUAUACUGUACACUCUGUUGCAAUUGUAUCUUCAUCGAAUUAUUUUUUGCUUGAAUUCUUGUUUAAUUUAUAUGCUUUUUGUAAUGCAAUCAAAUGCAGGUUAGGACAUAAAUAUGCUUUUAAAACUUCCGAUUUGCUGGUUUUUUUUUUAAUAAAGAAAUAAAUUAUGAAGAAGACUCCUUUCUUUUUUGAUUGUGUGGCAAUCUGCAAACUGGCAUUCUGCAUCAUUUUCCGGCACACCGCGAUGCUGGAUCAGACCCACUGGGAUUCCAAUAAGAGACCUAGUAACUGGGCUGCAGCUCUGCGUGACUGCUGGUUUGUAACCCCUGUGCAAUCUUUGUAUACUGUGAGCGGAAUACUGCCGGUUAUCCGGGGGUCCUACUUGGUAAACAAUAUUCAAAAAUGAUUACCAAAGCAGGGUCAGUCCUUCCUCUCACUGAUACUGAGGGCAAAGAUCAUUCUUCACACCGGUGCGCUGAAAGGAGAGCCAGCGCACAGUGAACAGAGGCAGGCGCAGGGGCAGAACUAGAGGAGCUGAGAGAUGGCAGUUGAGGGGACAUGCAGUACACUGAGGCAGAGGAACGCUAAGGCCCCCAUGAGCCAGGCUGAAGAUGAUGCUUCACCAGCCAGUAAUGAGGAGCACACAGGCAGUGCAAGGGGGCUGAUACAAUGGAGGAGACACAUGGAGCAUGUCAAGGCGGAGCUGUUGGAGCAGAUCCAAGGGCAGCUCAGCGACCUGGUUGACAAAGUGAUCAGCGAGUCGGUGCAGUCUUACUCCCAGCGCAACAAACCACUCGCCAACUCCAAUGAAACCGAGGCCACGUCAAGAAAGCAGCGGCUUUCUUCAGAGCAGGGGAAAGUGUUUCUGGAAAGACGGUCACUUCUCGAUGAGCUGUUUGAAAUCGAUCACAUCCGCACUAUCUAUCACAUCUUCAUCGCCAUGCUGUGUGUGUUUAUCAUCAGCACUCUCGCUGUGGACUUUAUAGACCAAGGCAGGCUGGUGCUGGAGUUCGAUCUCCUGUUCUACGCUUUCGGACGCUUCUCUACCGCGGUGUUUGCCUGGCUCUGCAUGUGCUCCUACACCCUGGUGGUCCCCUACAAAGCGCUGUGCCUGUGGGGGGGUCUCUACCACUCGGUCCGGUUCCAGGGGGGGUUCACCUUCUUGGUGGGGUCCCUGGUGCUGGCCUGCCAAGCCUGCGUCUUGGGGGUCUACCCCAUCUAUGUAGUGGUUCACUACAAACUACCCCCUGCCUCCAGCUUCAUCGUCAUUCUGGAACAGAUUCGAUUCAUGAUGAAAAGCUACUCCUUCAUCCGUGAAAACAUACCUAAAAUCGUGAAGGCAAAACUGAAGCAGGGAGAAGCUGCAAAGCUGCCAGAGUUUUCCAGCUACCUGUAUUUUUUGUUUUGCCCGACUCUGAUUUACAGGGAUGCCUAUCCCAGAAAUCCACGCAUCCGCUGGAAUUAUGUAGCUCUGAAUUUUGCCCAGAUCCUCGGCUGUUUGUUUUAUGGGUACUUCAUCCUGGUGAGGCUGUGCAUCCCAGUCUUCACUAACAUGAGCAAAGAGCCGUUCAGCACCAAGACCAUGGUCCUCACACUCUUCCACGCCACGCUGCCAGGGACCUUUGUGCUGCUGCUCUGCUUCUUCGCCUUCCUGCACUGCUGGCUCAACGCAUUCGCAGAGAUGCUGCGCUUUGCAGACCGCAUGUUUUACAAGGACUGGUGGAAUUCCACGUCAUUCGCCAACUAUUACAGGACCUGGAACGUGGUGGUUCACGACUGGCUGUACAGCUAUGCUUACAAAGACUUCCUGUGGGUGUGCGGGGGCAGGUUCCGGGGCGCUGCCAUGCUGCUGGUGUUUGUCACCUCCGCAGUGGUACACGAGUACGUCCUCACGCUGUGCCUGGGCUACUUCUACCCAGUCAUGUUCUGUCUCUUCGCCAUCUGCGGAGGUGUCUUCAACUUCGCACUCAAUGACAGGAGAAAGGGGGCGGUGUGGAACGUGCUCAUGUGGACCUGUCUGUUCAUUGGUCAGGGGAUCCAGAUGUGCCUGUACUGCCAGGAAUGGUACGCCCAGAUCCACUGUCCCGUCAAAGAGAAGGGUUUCUGGGAAUUUAUCACCCCUCGUUCGUGGUCCUGCAGACUGUAAGCAGGGACGGAGAGAGCAGCCUCGUGUGUGUGUUUUCAAUAGCGAAGAUGUUUUGAAAGCCUGAAGAAUGAACUCACAAACACAUCCAGCUUCCUAAUGCUAAACUACCAGCAGCUACAGCCAACAGCUUUGCAUCCCCUAGAAUUUUAGGUCUGAGACAAUUGACAGUAUCUGGAAAACUACACCGCGAGAUGCGAUUCA